GCAGUCCAUGUAGAACCACGUAGCAGCACAGCUUUUGGAUUUUUUUUUUUCUAGCAAGCGGCAGGAGCCCGUCAUGGAUCUUUUUGAACUGGACUUUUUCCGCGACUGGGAGCUGGAGCAACCAUGUCAAUUGGAGUCGGAACGCAGUGUCCUGAAAAGGAGAGAAUGGGAGCGGAGGAACCAGGAGGUCCAGCAGGAUGAAGAUUUGUUCUCAACUGGAUUCAACCUGUUUGGAGAACCUUACAAGACGAAUAAAGGAGAUGCGGUGGCAAGUCGGGUCCAGAACACACUUGGCUCCUAUGAAGAAAUGAAAGACCUGCUAACCAGCCAUUCAAACCAGAGCCACUUGGUGGGGAUCCCCAAAGGCAGCAGUGUCAACAACAACAUGCAAACACCGACCAGCUCAGCCACGACAGAGUCCCAGUUUUUUAACGAAAGCCUAAAUACCGGACCCGAGGGGGGCGGAACGGAGGGAGUUGGUGAGAAAAGACUCGGAAGUGCAUCCUUGUCAUCCUCCAAGACCAUGCAGCCUCCCACAUCGACAACAGGUUCAUCAAGCUCGCAGUCGGUGCCGCAUCAGAAUUCCAAGAAGUCUCGGAGUUCGGUGGAGUGGUCGAAAGUAUGCCAGGCACAAAGCAGCACAACGAGUCUUCUUCUGGGAUUGGGCCAAGGCCAAAGUCAGGCUCCGGGAGCUGCAAAUGGAAGAGGGAAAACGUUUGAGGAGCAGCAAAUCCAAAGACACGAUGAGCUUUUCAGCUCACUGAAAGAUGUGGGGCUGAAAAGAGAUUUGAGCCCUUCUUCGUCAUCUUCAUCCUCUUCUUCUUCCGCCUCAUCUGGAAGACGGCAUUCUUCCCACCCUUCAAAAGCACUUCCUCUCCCAGAUGCUGGCAAUUAUCGAUCUUCUGCCAUGGAUGCUGGCCACUGCAAAACGUCUGGCUCCCCACAAGAAAAUGAAGCAAGCUCUCACGUCUCCAUGUCCUCCUCUCCGCUGGCUUCCACAUCACUUUUGUCAACAACACCCGUACCUGGUCUUACCACCCCCACAGCUACCUUUCCACCUGGUAGCCUAUCAGGGAAGCCAAUUGCAGUGCAGCAGAAGCCAACAGCAUAUGUUCGCCCAAUGGAUGGCCAGGACCAAGCGCCCAUUGACUCACCACAAUUAAAGCCACUUCUAGUAGCACCAGAAGGGUUCAACGGGGGUCAAACGUAUGGUGGAAACUCUGGGAACAUGAAGAAUAAACUGCCAAAACUAAGUCUGAACCACACCGCUGAGGUCAGCAUUCCAAAUGACUCCAGCUGUGUUGAAGAGAUUUUGCGGGAGAUGACCCACUCCUGGCCACCCCCUCUUACCGCCAUACACACGCCAGGAAAAGCUGACCAGACCAAGUUCCCCAUUCCCAGCAAGGAGUCGCAGCAUGUGACCUCAGGCUACAACACAAAGCGCUGUCCUGUAUCAUCUAACAAGCCAGCUGUGAAACCACCGACGGCGCCACAAAAGUCAAUGCUGGAGGAUGACCUGAAGAUCAGCAGCGACGAAGAAGAGGCCGAGCAACAGGUAUCCGGCAAGCCUAAAGCCCGAGCGACAGCCUUAAGUGGCGCAUCGGGGAGCAGCAGUGAAUCGGAGAGCAGCUCGGAGUCGGACACAGACGAAUCAGAGAGCAGCUCCAGUGACAGCGAGUAUAACCAGGCCGCCCGCACCAACUCCCCUGAGCCUGAGCCGUCUUCCACCGACAAGUGGCAGCUAGACAGCUGGUUGAACAAAGUCCAAGCUCAAACCAAACCUCUGGUGACCCCACAGCAAGAUCACCAUGCCACAGGUUCUGUCACCAAAAUUCAGGAGCCUUUCACACAGCGAAGUGAAGCAGCAGGAGUGGGUUCUGCUGCCAAAAUUAAAGCCUGCGUGUCCAUCAGCACCACCAUUCUUCCCACGUUGCCAACAGCAGAGCACAAAGAUGCCAGGGGAACAUUCUGCCCGAACAAAGAGAAAACGAAGGCCAAACUCAGCCAGAAGGCAUCGGCGGAAGGUCAGAGGUCAAAGAUGAGGCUGUCACCCGGACCGAUGCCUGGACCAGAGGUCGCCACACAGAGAAGGACCACUACAGGGAAGAAACAGCCAAGACGGACAGAGAGGUCGAACAGCGUGGAGGAUAAUCAGAGCCAGACAUGGAGCAGAGCAAAUCAACAAAGCCCUGCUGCGAGGGAAAAGGACCUAUUCCCUCUAUCCUCCUUGGAGCAUCAGAAUCCGUCUAGGCCAAGGACUAAGCCCCCGAGUGGGAAAACGGCACCCAGGAAAGAACCUCGCGGUGCCACCAUGCCAAACAACACAGUUGCAACCCCGGUAGCACUACAGCAAACCACUGUGCCAACACCCACUGUCAGUGUAAAUCAGGAAAAAAGAAAGCACAGAGGCCCGAGUAGCAAAAUCACACCCAAGUCUAGAGAGUUUGUGGAAACAGAUUCUUCAUCCUCUUCUUCCGAAUGCCAGUCUGAUUUGGAGGAAACCAUCAAAAACCCUGCUUUGCCGCCUCCGUCGACACGUACCGCAAUUAACACACAGACUCUGUCCAACUCGUACACUCCUCCUCUGCCAUGUUUCGGAAUGGGAGGUCUGGGAGCCUUUGGAGGGAAGGGACUUUGUGUUCGAGAUAGUAGCAAUGUGACCACUACCAUUAAUAGUAGCACUAGUAGCAUCAGCAGUGGUGUCACUGGGAGUGGUAGUAGCGCUAAUACGCUGAGCAUUAGCAACAUAAAUGCUUCAUUUGGUACCUCGGUUCCUGAUCCUGGAGGGUUAGGUGGACCUUGCAAAGACUUGGAGUCUGUGCCACCACACUUGAACAUUGGACAAGAUCUGCCCAUUUCCCCACUUAGGGAAUACCAGGAGAUACAGAGUCUGUGGGUGAAAAUUGACCUGAGUUUGCUUGACAGGGUGCCUGGACGAGGUUUUGGUCAAAUAUCCCUGGUGGGGAUGAUGGAAAGGGACAGAACUGAAGGAAGAGGGUGUGAAAGACCAGGGGAAAAGGCGGUGGUGUCUGACAGGGAGAGACAAAAACAGGGUGACAGAGAAUGGCAAGGGCCCAGACAAAGACAGAAGUUAGCUAAAGGGGAGAAGCUGGGGGAAGAAAAUGAGGCAUUAGUGCAGGACACAGAGAGGCAAGGUGACAGGGACAGAUUUACAGAGAGGGACAGGCAGGCUGACAGAGAGGAGCGAGAGAGGUUCAAUUUAGGAGCGAGAGACAAGGCGACAGAAGGAAGAAGAGAAAAAUUAUGUCAGGGUCUUGGAUUCCUGGACAACCACUGUGUGCAGGAGAAAAGUCUUCCAAGACUACCUGGGAGGACAGAAAGGGGGGACAGUGGAGGAAAACACAGGAGGCAAGCAACUGGCAACAUGGUUGUCCUUGCAGAAAAGCACACGAGCAAGAGCAAGAGGAAACACAAGUCGGACCACAGUGAACCUUCCAUCAACAGCAAUAAAAAGCUUCAAUUGGACAAAGACUGUCAGCUACUCCCACCCUGCAUUUCUCCAAUACACAACCACAAAAACAGCUCUGUGGAAUCUCUGAGCAGGAAACAGUCCUGGCGGCACGAUGAGAAGCUACUUCCUCCACUUCUUUCACCCCUCUCUGAAGAGCCCCCGCAUAAAAAGAGCUGUGAGGGCAGUUCAUCGCUCAGCCAGGAGGGCGGAGCCACUGGGACGCUCCCCUGCCCCAUUUCCUCGGUACACAGACACAGGAGAGGAGAAAGCAAAGCAUUAUCACACGCAAGAAACAAUGCUCCAAGUCUCACAGAUAAUCAUAUUGAGAAGCCCUGUGGAGACAGUUGCCAUGCCAAUGGGCAGUCGGAAUCAGAUGCCUGGUCGGAACCACUGAUGGAACCUGCAGAACCUCCCAGACCGAGACUGUCCUUUAGUGACACAGUCCGCAGUGCAGACUACUACAUGCAGGAGGCUAAAAGGCUAAAGCACAAGGCAGAUGCAUUGAUUGACAAAUUUGGAAAAGCGGUGAACUACGCAGACGGCGCUCUCUCCUUCAUUGAGUGUGGAAACGCUAUGGAGCGAGAUCCUCUAGAGGCCAAAUCUCCUUACACGAUGUACUCGGAAACCGUCGAGCUAAUCAGGUAUGCAAUGAGGUUGAAGAACUUCACCAGCCAUUCAGCCACCAUUGCUGAGAAGAAACUUGCCGUGUUGUGUAACCGCUGUCUGUCUCUGCUGUAUCUGCGGAUGUUCCAUCUGAAGAAAGACCAUGCUGUCAAGUACUCACGCUCACUGAUGGAGUAUUUUAAGAACUCAGCCAAGAGCUCCCAUCAAGCACCUUCUCCCUGGAGGACCAAUGGAAAGAUCAACGGGACUCCAUCUCCACUCUCUCUCAGCCCCUCUCCGGCCAACGGCGGAGGAGCUCCAGUUUCGUCAGGCAGCGUCGCCAUUCCCCAACGCAUUCACCACAUGGCGGCCAGCCACGUCAACAUCACCAACAACAUCCUGCGCAGCUAUGAACACUGGGAAGCAGCGGAUCGACUGUCCACUGGUAGCCAAGAGUUCUUUCAGGAGCUGGAUUCUGCCAUGGAGCCGUUGACUCAGCAGAGCAGCAUGACCGAGCUGGUCCGAUACAUCAGACAGGGACUGCACUGGCUCCGCAUUGAGGCUCACCUGCUGUAGGCGCUGGACCACGGCCAGAUAAAAAUGAAAAAAAAAAACAUUAAAAAAUGUGCCUGGGAGCUAGAACUGGGAUAAGCGAGAUGACACCCACAAUGAUGCUUUCGUCCCCGCUGGGGCCCUUCAGUGACUCAACAUGCUACGGUGCAGUAAUUGUAUUGACUCGGUGGAUUAAUUGGGCAAAAAUGCACUUAGGAAUGAAUGAUAACUACAUCCUUUGAAUGUGACUCUUUGACUGCAAAUUAGCAUAAUUAGACAAUGUCUGAUGUGGCUCUUUGGAGGGACAACAAUUAUACUUGGGUACAUGUAGUUUAAAUUCCUCCUUGAAUAGGAAUAUAAGUUCCAUGUAUUUUUAAUAAGAUGGGCUCAUUUUCAAAAGGAAACGUGACAGGCUGCUGUGAUUAUAGAGGAUAAAGCCUCUGAAGGAAAGCUCUUUAGAGGCUCCAAGAAAUGUGCGUCUGAUACUGAUCCAGUUGGUAAAGUACUGGUCCAAUACAUCAAUUGGAUAAGAAUCAUGCACGUAAAGAGACUCCUUUACAAACACUUCUAGUGAAUUAACAAAGGAUGAGAUACAUCAUCAGGGGACAAGUGGCAAUCGGCCACUGAGAAAUAUACAUGAUAUCUAUCGCCCUAUUAAUCAUUUCAAAAGGGCGAUGAGAGCACUUUAGCGUGAUGCCAGCACUUAGCCAAGCAGUUCAUUACAAAAACGCACUUAAUUAAGAAAUGCUUGUUAUAUUUAUUCGCCAUUCACAAAUAUUGUUGGGAGUAUUACCUUACAAAUGUAACAGUCAUGUAUUACUUUUGCCAUGCUAAUUAUAUGUACCGUGUAUUCCGGACUAUAAGCCGCACCCAAUAAUUUAGAAGGAAAAACUUUUUUUUCGUAUAUUAGCGAAGCUAUAUACCGGUACUUUGUGAAAAAAGAUACUUACAUAGAAUGAUUUUGUACCUUAAUUGUUUCCAAAUGGCGCCUAUAACAUGGCAAAAAAUGGCUGAUCAAACAAAACAGAAAAGUCAUUGAUGUCUUUAUUCAUUCUU